AUGUCCCGGAAACCCUGUCUAUGGGAAGAAGCUCGAGAAGGACUUUCGCAAGAAGUCCAAGACUGGCUUCAAACCAUUUCAGGAGGCUUGGGGCUGGGGCUCACGGCAACUCAACAGGUAGACGAAAUCAUCGGCCACGCUAGGCAAAAACAGGGCCAGUUAGAGAAGAACCAUCAUCGAUCUUUGGUCAUCGAGACUACUAACCACAAAUGGGAUUUGGCCAGCUAUUUCGAUAGGAUGGUUCAUUGGCUCGACAAGUUUAAAAGUAUCGGGGAUGUCGCGUCCUCUUUUGAUCCUCUACAUGCUGCCCUCCCUUGGGCCGCCUUUCGCUUUGUCCUGCAGGCAAUAUUGGCUGGGAAAGAGCAUACAGACAGCCUCGUUCGACUUCUUUCGUUGAUACCGCAUUUUGUCUUCUCUGGGUAUGUGCUUGAGUUGGUGUACGCGCAGCAGCCCAUCUGUUACAAACAAGCAACGAAAGUUGCGGAUUUAGGGGCAAAGAUUAUCGUAAAUCUAGAAGAUCAAUUGUUGAAGCUCUACAGCUUGAUAUUCGAUGCUCUUUGGUAUUGCCACUUGGCUCAGACCAGAGGUAAAACUAAGCAAAGAAUAGUCGCACUGUUCAAUUUCAGAGAGCCGACGGACUUCCUAGACGGACUCAAGGCACAGCAUCAACAAGUCAUCGAAUGUGGAGAGGAGUGUAGGAGGAUAUCAGAUUUUAGUAUGUCCUUUGAGUAUAUCAAUCUGCUUGAAGAGCUCCAGGGAUCUGUUGCCGAUCUUGACGGCCAUGUCUUGAAGGUACUCGUAUGGGUCGACACACAGGAACGGAUCCGAACCCUUAGGAAAAUAUCAGAUGUUUUGUUUCGAAAGCAUCAUGAAGAGAUAAAGCGAAAGCGGACAGAGGGCACAUCUGGCUCUGGAAAGACAUUCUUGAUUUCUAGGAUCAUCGAUCAUUGUGUCGAAAAUGCCCAAGACGAUGAGGCAAUUGCCUUUUUCUAUUGUAAACGAGACGAGGGAACCAGGAGGGAGCCUCAAAAUAUCCUUCGAAGUAUCUUACGCCAGCUCUCUACCACUUCCAAGCAAAGUCAAACUGGGAGAAUUCAUCGGGCUUUGAGAGGAGUUCCCGACAGGCUCGAGGCGAUUGGCACCACUUUCGACAUUCCCAAUUGUCAACGGUUGAUCAAUAUAGUCACAAAGGACUAUUCGCGGACGAAUAUAAUCGUGGACGCCCUUGAUGAAUGUGAUAGAGACUCCAGGUGGGAGCUUUUAGAAGCCCUAGCAGCGGUCACCAAUGAGAAUCAGGGAGUUCGUCUAUUUGUUUCUAGUCGGACUGAUGACGACAUCCAGCGGCAUUUUCAACAACAACCAAUCAUCAGGAUUUUCGCAGCGGACAACAACGAGGAUAUCAAUUUAUUUGUCCGUCAAAGACUAUCCAAAGAUUCGAGAUGGAACGAUUUGGCUCCCCAUGUUCACCGAGAUAUUGAGUCAGUCUUCCGUAACAAGAGCGAAGGCAUGUUUCAAUGGGCUGCUCUCCAAGUAAAACAGCUCUGCCAGGCAGCUUCAUGGAACGAGUCAAGCAUCAAAUUACACCUCUCAAGCGCCCCUAAAGGUCUUGAGGCUUUAUAUGCAAUCAUUUGGCAUCAGAUCGAGCGGAAGUCCGAGUACGAGAAACAACAGGCAAAGAAUGCUAUACAAUGGGUGCUUUGCGCGCUCAAGCCAUUGCAGACUGGAGAACUUUCCACUAUGAUGCAGAUAGAUCCUGAAGCCAACGUUAUUGGACCUAUUGAGGAGCUAAAUGAUCGAGAGAUCCAAAGUAUCUGUGGUAACCUACUUAUCCUGGAUAAACAGCUUCAUGUCUGGCGGUUUUGCCACCUAUCGGCUCUAGAGUAUAUCGAAAAGAACCACUACAGUUUGGCAGAAGCCCACUACCAUACCUCGGUCUGCUCUCUCAAGUUCCUCCAAAGGGGUCUACGCCUUAGUUCCACAUUGUCACUAGACGGCUCACCAUCUCAAGAAGAUGGUACUGACAAUCCAAGUCGCAAGGCCCGAGCGAAAGUUUGGGACGGUAGUCUAGUCAGAAAUGACUAUAUUAUUAUCCAAGGUCUUCGCCAUGUAGGCCUAGCUGACUCUCCCGCGAUUACAAAUACUGAACUUGCAUAUCAACUAAGGCAGUUUUUGGGCUCAGCUGAGGUACAAAGUCCGAUUUUUCAAGCUUGGAAAUCUGUUUUAUCCACUUUCAAAUACCGCAAGCCUCAUGAAACUGGCUUCGUGAGCCUUGCUUCCCCACCUUUGGAAGUUGCAGCGAUCUUUGGACUGUUUCAUUCCCUACGGGACUGGUGGGACACUCUUGACACUUCCGUAGGGAGUAAUUCCUCUGCUCUCGCUCUCGCCAUAAGGUUCAGAAAUGAGAAUAUAUGGAAGCAUCUCAUCGAACGAGGUUUUGGCAUUAACACUGGUUCUCCAAGACCAUUGACAGUGGCUAUCAAAAGUGGCUACGCCACCGCUUUCGACACGCUUAUGAAUGCAAACUCAGAUGUGAGUUACUCUGAAGAUAGCAGCGGGUCUGAUACACCCCUCAAAUUGGCUUUGCGAUGCUCAAACAGUAAACAUCAAAGGCGCUUUGUACGCAGAAUCGUGGAUAGGGGAGCAAUUAUCAACGAUAAGACGACUCAGCAACAUCAAAGUGCCCUCAAGCUAGCUGCUCUGUAUGCAUGCAAAGAUACUAUGCAGAUACUGCUGGUUCCCGAUAGGGGGUUGUGCAGUCCUAACUCUCUUCUCAAUAUCGCCACUUGGAACAGCAACGCAAGUCUUAUUCCGUUUUUGGUGAAGGAGCUUGGUGCAGAUGUUAACAAGCGGUUCAGUGGAAUAUCACCUCUAAUCAAAGCACUGGAACGUAUGUGUGUUCCCAAUAUCCAGGCCUUGGUGGCUUUGGGCGCUCAAUUGGACUUGACCAACCACCAGGACCGAGUGGCGGCAUUGAGAGCUGUGGAGUCUGACCCUGGUAAUGGGGUUUGGAGACUGCUUCUUCAAUCAGGAAUGAUCAUCAACCGUAAUGAUAACAAGGAAAGUCUACUAUCGUUGGCAAUUAGGCUUCAUACUCCUUCCUCAGAAAGACUCUGGCGGAUUCUCCAUUCAAGGGCAGACGUCAACCAGAUUCUGCAGAGUUCCGUUCUUCCAACACCACUUGCUUGGGCUGCGGCUGUUCAGACGCCCGAAGUAAUCGAUCGCCUUAUUAGUUACGGAGCAAACCCUGGCCUCAGUGUGGACAAUGGGCUAAGCAAUGCAAUCUUUGCAGCUUGUUUUCACGGGAGACCUCGUGCUUCCCGUUUGCUCCUGGAUAGGUCUGGUAUUGAUGUCAACCAAGGAUACAGGGGGUUCUUCCGCAAUAUGUUAUUUUCAGUUAUUGCGGGGCAUAGAGACUAUCUUGACUCAAAGCGUCCUUGGUACCAACGCAAAUGGGAUCUGGAAAGCCGCUUAGGCUACACUAUCUGGAAGCCCGAACACCGCAAGGUUCUCGAGCUUUUGGUCACCAGAGGGCUCAAUACUUACUUCCCACUCUAUAGCCACCUCGAAUCAUCAACUCCCGUACUUGAAACAGGGAUAGAAAAGCAUGAGAUCUCAGUAGCCUGGAUGCACUCAAAAGGCGACUAUGUACUUCUACCUCUUUCAUGGUUCUUCAUCGUGUGGAGCCUACAUAUGGCUUCGGCACCACAACCCCCUCUUCGCUACCGAAUGAAACGGUGGCAGUUUCCUGGAAUACUACCGCGUAAAUUCAGUUUGAUCGCACAAGUGUCAGUGGCUUCCAGGAAGCGGCCAGGCUACUUCCUCAUGAUCACUGUUAAUGAUGACUAUCAUUCAGCCAGCACCUUUACUGUACGGCACAGGAUCCGGAAUGCAACAUGUUCCAUGAAGACAAAUAGCCUGUGGAAGCAGUACAGCUUCAAGGACUUUUAUGGCAAAAAUGGCAGUGAAGGUGAUACAAAUGUAUCUCAGACAAAGCGCCUCCAGUCUUCACUUCUCUGCCGUAACCAGUACAACAUCGCCCUCAGCGCUUACACCUUACAACACCGCGGCCACCUCGGAACUGUUGGCGACACCGAUACUUUGAUAGCCUGA